AUGUGUGCUUUUUCAGAGAAGCAUCUGGUGUGUCAUAAUAUGGAUGAGGCGCUUGAGUACGAUGCCAUCGUACAGAACUACUGGAAGUUCCUGUACACGGACUGGCCUAUCAUCGACAGAGUGAAGCAUCACCGCACAGAGAUCGCUGCUGUGAACGACAUCGACAGCAUCAAGACGUUUGUGUUGAACCGCCUGGGGGUCAUACCUGUGUUCUUCUUCUUGACCGUGAUCUUUGGCACUAGAGCAUUCUCCUGCCCAUACAGGAAUGUUGAGAAGGGCGUCAUGCUACUCUACGUGCUCGUGAAGGGGAUCUCCUUGAGCGAUAUGGCACGGUACAUCCCGAAGACCUCCUUCCACACCAUCCACAAGGAGUUCUACAUGCACAACCCUGCUGCACUAAACCGCUUUCUGACCACAAUGCUGUCUGAGAUGUUCUCAACAAUGAAGUCGCGUCAUCUCGCUGCCGAAAGGAACCCAGAGCCAUUCAAGAACGUGACACUGAACCUGGACGGCCAUGACUCAAGGAUCAUCUACGCGAACGCAGACAAAGCUAGUCUGUAUUCAUACAAGCUGAAGAAGUCGGGCUUCCGUGUGCAAGUGUGCACAGACAUGAACAACAUGGUCUUGUUUGUAUCCGCCCCCGCGCCAUGCCGUGACUACAAUGACGGGACCAUGCUCCUUCGUAUGGGCAUCCAAAACAAGAUCCACAAGUUGGACUGUGUUGCGUUGGAUGGCGGGUACAGUCUAUUCAUCGGUAAGCUACUGGACAGCGCGGACGAGCUCCAGUAUGAGAACUUCUGCUAUCCAAUCCGCAAGAUGCGUGGAAUUGCACUGACUGAGGAAGAGAAGGCCUACAAUGAGAUCUUCGGGAGCUUCCGUUCUCGUAUUGAGAGCUAUUUCGGGGAGAUGCAGUCGACGUUCACCAAGUUCAGCCAUACGGUUGUGAACAAAGUAGCAGAGAAAGAGACGUUCGGUGCUCAGUACAAGCUAGCGUGUCUCCUGAUGAACAUCAAGAGGUUCGUUGCACUCAGGAGUAUACCCACUGAACAACAUCAUACGCUCUGGCUUCAGGACGGCUUUGACUACCCCAGCAAGACAGAGCAGGAGACCAUGUACGCUCUUCCGAACAUCAAGGUCAAGCUGUCCCAUAGCAGAGGUUUGCUCACCACGCGGAAGGCGUUCUUCGACAUGGCUACCCCCCCUCACACGCCAGCUGAUGACAACAUGGCAUCUGGGGACGAUGACAGAGAGUACGAAGUGGACAAGGUCGUCAGCCAUCGAGGAGAAGGCAGUGGGAGAGAGUAUCACAUCAUACAGAAGAGUGGUGGUUUGAGUAUAGCCACAUGGGUGCCAGCCUUGGAGGUCAGUGACAAUAGCAAGGUCGCCGAGUACCUAAAGUCCAUUCAGAGCUUCGAAUAG